UCGCCCGGCUCCUGCCGGCGGAGGGGAGGGGCGCCGCCGACACCGGAGCCCGGAGCUGCACGCGGCACGCACGAAGGACCGGCCGGACAGCGCUCGAGCCUUGGGGUCCGGGCGAUCGCGGGGUGUCUUGCCGCCCCGCGGCCCGGUGCCCACUUGCUCCCCGAGCCCAGCUUUGUAGGAGGCCAAGCUUGGAGCUACAGACAGGAUGGCUAGCUCAGCCCGGGAGCAUCUGCUCUUUGUGCGGCGUCGAAAUCCCCAGAUGCGGUACACACUGAGUCCAGAGAACCUGCAGAGCCUUGCUACCCAGAGCUCCAUGCCGGAGAACAUGACCCUGCAGCGGGCCAACAGCGACACGGACCUGGUGACUUCUGAGAGCCGCUCCAGCUUAACGGCCAGCAUGUAUGAAUACACGCUGGGGCAGGCCCAGAACCUCAUUAUCUUCUGGGACAUUAAGGAGGAGGUGGACCCCAGCGAUUGGAUCGGCCUUUAUCAUAUAGAUGAGAAUUCUCCAGCCAACUUCUGGGAUUCUAAAAAUAGGGGUGUGACCGGAACACAAAAAGGACAAAUUGUGUGGAGAAUCGAACCUGGUCCCUAUUUCAUGGAACCGGAGAUAAAAAUCUGUUUUAAAUACUACCACGGCAUCAGUGGAGCCCUGCGGGCCACAACCCCCUGCAUCACGGUGAAGAACCCUGCUGUGAUGAUGGGGGCAGAAGGCAUGGAAGGGGGCGCCUCAGGAAACCUGCAUUCUCGGAAGCUUGUCAGCUUCACCUUAUCAGAUCUUAGGGCAGUUGGGCUAAAGAAAGGGAUGUUCUUCAAUCCUGACCCUUAUCUUAAGAUGUCCAUUCAGCCAGGGAAGAAGAGCAGUUUUCCCACCUGUGCCCACCAUGGGCAGGAGAGAAGAUCUACUAUCAUCAGCAACACCACGAAUCCCAUUUGGCACCGCGAGAAAUAUUCCUUUUUUGCACUUUUAACUGAUGUCUUAGAAAUUGAAAUUAAAGACAAAUUUGCCAAGAGCCGUCCUAUCAUCAAGCGUUUCCUAGGGAAACUCACCAUUCCGGUGCAGAGACUGCUGGAGCGCCAAGCCAUUGGUGACCAAAUGCUCAGCUACAACCUUGGCAGAAGGCUCCCGGCUGACCACGUGAGCGGCUACCUCCAGUUUAAAGUGGAAGUCACAUCUUCUGUUCAUGAAGAUGCGUCUCCAGAAGCCGUUGGCACGAUCCUUGGAGUCAAUACCUUGAACGGAGACCUCGGGAGCCCUUCGGAUGACGAGGACUUGCCUGGGAGCCAUCAUGACAGCCCAGUGUGUGCAAACGGGCCUGUGUCUGAGGACAGCACUGCAGAUGGCACGCCUAAGCAUUCUUUCAGGACUAGCUCCACUCUGGAAAUAGACACGGAGGACUUAACCUCUACUUCCUCAAGGACCUCACCCCCAAGAGGCCGUCAGGACUCACUCAACGACUAUUUAGAUGCUAUUGAACACAAUGGGCCUUCCAGGCCUGGAACAGUGACCUCCUCUGACAGGACCGUGGGAGCUUCUCCCAAACUGAGGAGUAGUUUUCCCACUGACACCAGACUCAAUGCAAUGCUCCACAUAGACUCUGAUGAGGAAGACCACGAGUUCCAGCAAGACUUGGGCUAUCCAUCUUCCUUGGAGGAGGAAGGAGGAUUGAUUAUGUUCAGCAGGGCGCCCAGGACUGAUGACGGGAGCCUCACAUCGCAGACAAAGCCGGAGGACGACAACCCUGUUGAGAACGAGGAUGCCUCCACACACGAAGCUGCUUCCUUGGAGGAGAAGCCAGAGAAUCUUCCAGAGCUUUCAGAUGCCUCCUUGCCCUCAGGCCCUGCCCCAGAGGAAAGUGAAACAGGCCCCCAGCCUCAGCCUGGUGCUGAGCAUGGCAGCCCCGAAUUGUGUGGCUCUCAAGAGGUAGAUCAGCCAGCGAGUGGGGCAGACACGGGCACGUCAGACACAUCAGGAGGAAGCCGAAGAGCCACCAGUGAGACUGAGUCCCUGGAUCAGGGAUCUGAGCCUUCCCAGGUGUCUUCCGAAACAGAACCCAGUGAUGCUGCCAGGACAGAGAGUGUGAGCGAAGCCAGCACGAGACCUGAAGGAGAGAGUGAUCUGGAAGGUGCUGAUAGCUCCUGCAAUGAGAGUGUGACCACACAGCUGUCUUCAGUGGAGACACGGUGCUCCUCUCUUGAAAGCGCACGUUUCCCAGAAACCCCAGCCUUUUCUUCUCAGGAAGAGGAAGAUGGGGCAUGUGUGGCAGAGGCCCCCAGCAGCUGUGCUGAGGAGGGCUCUCAAGAUUCUCUAUGUACUCCAGGUUCUUUACCUGUGGUGCAGGUGCCCAGUGGGGAGGAGGAAAGGCCAGGGGCAGACUCUGCUGUUGUGCCUGACCAGGAGGAGCUGGGGGAAGUGUGGCAGCGAAGGGGGAGCCUGGAGGGAGCUUCUGCUGCUGCAGCUGCCAAUACUGAUGCUGUGGAUGGGGAUACCGUUGCUGCUGCUGCUGUUGCUGCUGUUGCUGCUGUUGCUACCGAGACCCAGCCUCAAGAUGAGGGUGAUGCAGGGGAUGCCCAAGGCACUUGUGAAGGGGCGACCGCCCAGGAGGAGGGUGCCACUGGAGGUUCUCAAGCCAAUGGCCACCAGCCCUUGCGUUCACUACCUUCAGUGCGCCAAGAUGUCAGCCGGUACCAGAGAGUGGACGAGGCUCUCCCACCAAACUGGGAGGCGCGCAUUGACAGCCACGGCCGCAUCUUCUAUGUGGAUCAUGUCAACAGAACCACCACCUGGCAGCGGCCCACAGCUCCCCCGGCUCCCCAGGUGUUGCAGAGAUCGAACUCCAUACAGCAAAUGGAGCAGCUGAACCGGCGUUAUCAGAGUAUCCGAAGAACCAUGACUAACGAGAGGCCAGAGGAAAAUACCAGUGCUAUGGAUGGGGCAGGUGAAGAAGCAGACUUUCACCAAGCCAGUGCAGAUUUCCGACGGGAGAACGUCCUGCCUCACUCUACCUCCAGAUCCAGGCUUACGUUGCUGUUACAGUCUCCCCCUGUGAAGUUUCUCAUCAGCCCAGAGUUCUUCACCGUGCUGCAUUCUAACCCUAGUGCCUACCGCAUGUUUACAAACAACACAUGUUUGAAGCACAUGAUCACCAAAGUCCGUCGGGACACCCACCACUUUGAAAGAUACCAGCAUAACCGUGACCUCGUAGGAUUCCUCAACAUGUUUGCAAACAAACAGCUGGAGCUGCCUCGGGGCUGGGAGAUGAAACAUGAUCAUCAGGGCAAGGCAUUUUUUGUCGACCACAACUCCCGCACCACCACAUUCAUCGAUCCUCGCCUCCCUCUGCAGAGCAGUCGGCCCACCAGUGCGCUUGUUCAUCGCCAGCACUUGACCAGGCAACGCAGCCACAGCGCGGGUGAGGUAGGAGAAGAUUCUCGGCAUGCGGGACCACCAGUUCUUCCCCGGCCAUCCAGCACAUUCAAUACAGUCAGUAGGCCACAGUACCAGGACAUGGUUCCAGUGGCUUACAAUGACAAGAUUGUUGCGUUUCUGAGACAACCCAACAUCUUUGAAAUUCUGCAAGAGCGUCAACCUGAUCUCACCAGAAACCACUCACUCAGGGAGAAGAUCCAAUUUAUCAGAACUGAAGGGACCCCUGGCUUGGUACGCCUUUCAAGUGAUGCAGACCUUGUGAUGUUGCUGAGUUUAUUUGAAGAAGAGAUAAUGUCAUAUGUGCCUCCACAUGCCUUACUCCACCCCAGCUACUGUCAGUCCCCUCGCGGCUCCCCCGUGUCAUCUCCUCAGAACUCACCAGGUACUCAGCGUGCCAAUGCCCGGGCUCCAGCCCCUUACAAGCGAGAUUUUGAAGCCAAAUUGAGGAACUUUUACAGGAAGUUAGAAACAAAAGGAUACGGACAAGGCCCAGGGAAGUUAAAGCUGAUUAUCCGCAGAGAUCACUUGCUAGAAGAUGCUUUUAAUCAGAUUAUGGGCUACUCUAGGAAAGACCUGCAGAGAAAUAAACUGUAUGUCACCUUCGUCGGGGAGGAAGGGCUGGAUUACAGUGGGCCUUCCAGAGAAUUUUUCUUCUUGGUAUCCAGAGAACUCUUUAACCCUUAUUAUGGCUUAUUUGAAUAUUCAGCCAAUGACACAUACACAGUACAAAUAAGUCCUAUGUCUGCUUUUGUAGACAAUCACCAUGAAUGGUUCCGGUUCAGCGGGAGGAUCCUUGGCCUUGCGCUGAUACACCAGUAUUUGUUGGAUGCCUUCUUCACCAGGCCCUUUUACAAGGCACUUCUGAGAAUUCUGUGUGACCUGAGUGAUCUAGAAUACCUUGAUGAAGAGUUCCACCAGAGCCUUCAGUGGAUGAAAGACAACGACAUCCAUGACAUCCUCGACCUCACGUUCACUGUGAAUGAAGAAGUUUUUGGGCAGAUUACUGAAAGAGAAUUGAAGCCAGGGGGUGCCAAUAUCCCAGUGACCGAGAAGAACAAGAAGGAGUACAUUGAGAGGAUGGUGAAGUGGAGGAUCGAGAGAGGCGUGGUCCAGCAAACUGAGAGCUUAGUGAGAGGCUUCUAUGAGGUGGUGGAUGCCAGGCUGGUGUCUGUUUUUGAUGCAAGAGAACUAGAACUGGUCAUCGCAGGCACAGCUGAAAUAGACCUCAGCGAUUGGAGAAGCAACACAGAAUAUAGAGGAGGAUACCAUGACAAUCAUAUUGUAAUUCGGUGGUUCUGGGCAGCAGUGGAAAGAUUCAACAAUGAACAACGGCUAAGGUUGUUACAGUUUGUUACAGGCACAUCCAGUAUUCCCUAUGAAGGAUUUGCUUCUCUCCGAGGAAGUAAUGGCCCAAGAAGAUUCUGUGUAGAGAAAUGGGGAAAAAUCACUGCUCUUCCCAGAGCUCAUACUUGUUUCAACCGUCUGGAUUUGCCUCCAUACCCAUCCUUUUCCAUGCUUUAUGAGAAACUCUUGACAGCAGUUGAAGAAACCAGUACCUUUGGACUUGAGUGACUUGGACACACAGUGGCCAGCUCUUCAUGGACAGGCAGAGCAGGCAGCUGGCCCUCCAGAAGAAUGAACACUGGAAGUCCAGAGACGAGGCUUCCACAGAGUAAAGUGGGGUGCUGUUGUUUUCUGGGAACAAGUGCUCUCCCGUUGGGAGAGUGGCCGAUGACAAGUCUUCAUGGCAGGAUUUGGGUGAGCUUGAUGCCCAGGGGAAAACCCAACAGUCUUUCAAUCAACAGUUCUUGACUGCCAAAAUUAUUUUCCCAUUUUUUUAUGUUCUGAGAUGAAGAUGAACCUCUACGUGAUCAGCUCCAGGAUAACUUUUAGGGACUCAGGAGAAUCUUGAAGCUUUCCCUUGAACGUGAUUCAAGCCAGACUGGCAACACUUCACCCAAUCUCCAAAUUAGUGUGAGUUAAAUCUCAUCAUGAAAACCAAUCUAUUUCCUAGAAGUACAUUUAUUUAAACCCUCUGUUUUUACAGAAUAUUCAGUUCUUGCUUAUGAGUGCCUGCAUGAUGUACACUAUAGGUUUCAGUUUUCAUUGGACACAAAUGAAAACUGAAACCAAAGUCAAUAUGAAGUAACUUUUAAUGAUUUGCAAUGAGGUGGUCUGUGACAAUGUAUAUGCAAGUGGUAUGUGUGUAAUUAUGGCUGAAGACAAACUGUAACUCAAUGAAUUACUAAGGACAGAUUUUAUGCUUUAUAAUGCAUGAAAACAAGUUUAAAAUAACUAACAAUUAAUCACAGCAUAUCAGGAAAAAUGUACACAGUGACCUUUGAUUAUUUUUAUAGGUUCAUUAUAUUUAUGUUCCUUAAGAUGUAAAUAAGAACCUAUCAUACUAUAUGUGUCACCUUUCCAUUUUCAUGUUCCAUGCUUACUUGGGCAUCAUGCUGGUAUGUAUUUCUUUAAGCACUCUCAAGGGAACAAAAGGGCCUUUUAUUUUUAUAAAAGUAAAAAAGAAAAAAAAUCCCAAAAUAUUUUGCACUGAAUGUACCAAAGUUGAAGGGACAUUACAGUAUGACUAACAGCAAACCCAUCACUCGACAAGUUCAGUAGAAAGUAGCUUCUCAAUCAGACUUCCUUCACAGUGCCAUGUCAAACACUACAAGGACUGUGCAUCUAAGUAAUAAUUUUUUAAGAUUCACUAUAUGUGAUAGUAUGAUAUGCAUUUAUUUAAAAUGCAUUAGACACUCCUCCAUCCAUCAAAUACUUUAUGGGAUGGCAUUUAUUACAGGUAUUUCGUAUCUCACCCACAGCUUUUUAUUUUUACAGCAUCAUUAAACACUGAUCUUGGUUAGGGAACCAUCAACCACACCGAAGAGAUCAGCUCUCUUUAGUAAUAGGAAUUCCAUUUUCCCUUAUCAGUAAAGAUAUCACAAGGUGAAACACACAGCACUAUAUUUCUAAGCCUGCAUUUUCACAGAUGCAUAAUUUUCUUAUUAAUUCCAAGACAAUUUUUCUAUGGUAUCUCAAAAAUGCAAGACAUCAUUCACCUUAAUUCUGCUUAAUUUUUUGAGAGGAUAUCCUUCAUUUUCAUUGCUUUUGAGAUUAUUCUACAUCAUUGUCGGCUCUUUGAUUUAUGGCCAUCAAGGAUUCAGACACACAAUGCAGUGGAGAUCAAUUGAGGGUGAUAAAAGUAUUGGAUUAGUAUUUAGUUUGCCAGCCUGUGGGUUCCUAAAUUUUUUUUUAAGAAUCAUGUAUUUAAGUAAAAAAUGGAAUUCCUGUUAUGAGAUACAGGCAAUCUUAUAUUUUAUAGAAGUUCAUAUGCCCAGUUUUCAUAGGGGUUUUAUAGGAACUGAUUGUUUUCCUCUUCAUUAAGCUGUGUUGAUCACUGGAGCCAUCAAGAGAAUACCACUCAGGUUGCAUUCCUGCACUAAAAGCAGGUACUAUGGGGUGGGAAAAUGUCUGAAAAAAGGUUAAAGGAAUCGGGGGGUGGGAAGGAGAAGGAGCAUAUUUAUCUCUAUACUAUAAUUGGACAGAAAAAAGGAAGAGAAGAAAUAUCUAACUGGAAAUACUUGUUUGUAUAUAUUGACCAUGAAUACAAGUAUAUAUUUAAUUUGGCAAACUAUUUUUACUUGUUUGUAUUUUUUUCAUUUUAAGAAAAAUAGUAUAAUGCACUAACAUACUUUUUAAAAUCACCUUUUUGAUAUAUCAGAGCUAGAAUUCUCAACAGCUUAUAGGGAAGGUUUCAUUUCUUAAAAAAAAAAAAAAAGUUACACAUUACUAAACCCUAUCAGCAUUCAUUUUGGUUUGAAACACUUUGUUUCCGUACAUCAUUUUGCUCCCUUAAGAGAAAUUUGAAAUAAAAUGUAUCUCCCUAAUUAUUCCUAACAAAUACAUUUCCUUGUUAAGGCAUUCAACUUCUAAAAUAAAUGUUCUCUUUAAUGUAUGCAGACAUCGUUCAUGUCUAGUAGAAUAGUCUAGCUGACACUUCUCAGAGUUGGGAAUUAUCAUGGAUGUAUUUAACAUAUCAAAAAACCAUGAAAGUUUAUUAUUCUUCAUUAAGAAAAUGAAAAUCCAAUAAUAACCACAUAAAACAGUGAAUAGCAUUUCCACAAAAUAAAUUAGAUAUGAAUAUAUUCUAUAAUUUUAAAUAUCCAGAAAUAUUUUUUCUGGGUUAUAAAUUCAAAUAACUUUGUCCUUUGAUCUUGUUUUCUUUAACAAAUUAAUAAUCCAUAAUUGAUGGCCUUAUAG